CAUUGUUCUGCAGAGGCAGUCAACCAGAUCCGUAAUUCGGAGCCUCCCACUUUCCUUUCUUCCACCCACACCAACCCUCGAACACAAAAGUCUGCGCAACUGUAGACACGCUCGGCCUAGGAACACUCUCAACAGCAUCGACGGCCCAUCGCGACGUACACGCACAACCGCAGACAUGGCGCCUGGGAAAUGGGAUGAUGAGGAUGAGGAGAGCACGCCUCCCACUUCUCCCGUAGUAGCGCCCAUCGCUCGCCGCAGCAAGUUUGACGACGAGGAAGACGACGACGAUGUCCUAGAGUCAUGGGACGCCGCGGAGGACUCGGAAGUCGAGCGCGAAAAAGCGAAGAAGGCCGCCGAGGCAAAGGCAAAGGCCGACGCUGAAGCAAAGGCAAACCACAAGUCCAAGGCGCAACGGGUCGAGGAGCACAGACAAGCAGCCCUACGUCGACGACAAGAGAACGACGACAUGUCAUCUGACGAAGAGGAAACCGAAGCAGAGAAACGCGCCAGGCUCAAGCAACAGGAGUUGGAUGGCUCACUACAUCAGGCUGCAGAGCUCUUUGGCGACCUCGGUGUCGCUGCCAGUGUCGCCAAGAAGCGCGCUCCCAAGGCCGUCACUGUGGCAGACGCGAAAGAUCCCGGCAACGCAAUUGACCUCAGCUCGCUGCCCAUUUUCAAUCCCAACACCAAGGACCAGUUCACCAAGCUCCGCGAGACCCUUACACCUCUCAUCGCUGCCAACUCUAAGAAGGGGCAGUACUCGCUCUUCCUGCAGGAGUUCACCAAGCAGAUCGCAAAGGACCUGCCGAGCGACCAAAUCAAGAAGAUUGCUAGUGGCUUGACUACUCUAAGCAACGAGCGGAUGAAGGAAGAGAAGACUGCGGACAAGGGCGGCAAGAAGACAAAGGCUGCAAAGACGAAGACGACGCUGAACGCUUCGCGAGAUGUGGGCACCCGUGCCGAUAUGGAGACGUACGAUGACGAUUUUGGAGAUGAUGACUUCAUGUGAAGGGUGGCCAUUUAUUCUGCCAUCACAUCUUUACCGUGUCUGCGAUCUGCAAACCCAGCCACCGGCCAGUCCAAUCGGUUCUCAACAGCCAAGGUCGGGGGCUGUUCCUGUGUGGACAUUUUACUCGAUCGACGUACCGAUGAAGGGUCAUUGGUUUCUCUAGCAUUGCUACUUGAUUGUUCUUUUGUUUUUGGGUCAGUGCGGCAUAGCUUGCAUAUGUAGCCGUUCAAGGAGCAUGAUCGACGAUACCUCUAGACGCAUAAUGAAGACGAUAAGUCGCACUUACAACCGCCUGCA